GAAUUUUGGAAGAAACAAAGAAGAGAAAUUUGGAGGGAAAGGAAAGAAAUUUAGUCUAAUUUUCCUUCUUUCUCACUGCAAAUUGACCAGAAAUGAAAUCAGUAUGGAAAAAUCUUGAACUAACAGCAAAUCGAAAUUCGUCCUGCAUGAUAAAAAGUUUUGCGUUUUGUAUAGCCCCUGAAACCAUGUCAAUUUAAGUUAAUAACCCUUCUGUGGGACUGUGUCACAGUGGCAAGUCUUCGUGAGAUUUAACGCAACGUGUUCUCUGCACGCAAGAUCGAGAGAAUAGUUGGGAGUCGGUACCAAUACCAUUCAGGAGUUGAAUUAUGUUAUCAUUGUGGACCCUCAGAUUCAAUAAUCUCUGCAAGGCCGGUUCCUCCUGUUGUUGCCUUGAAGCAAAAGAUUGAAGAAUCAUUGCUGCUACUACUUUUCUGUGUCGUUGACAUAAAAAGAGGAAAAAGAAGUUUCAGUUCCACCAUUUUUGUGGAAAUUUUUAAAGGUGAGUUAACUGUCAUUUGAAAGAGGAGAAAAAUGCAAAUGAGGAGAACUGUCAAUUGAAUGGAAGGAAGUAUAUCUGCCAGAGCCACCAUUGCCACAAUUUCCUUGUCUCUUUUGGCUGAGACGAAACAAUCUUUGGUUCGGACGAAUGAAGAAUAAAAAUAUAAUUCUUUUUAAACUCUGAAAGCUGGUGAUAUCCAUUGUUAAUAAUCUGCAGAACCCAUCUCAAAGCCAAUGCUAAGCACUAAAUUACUGCGCUCUAUAACAUCCUUAACACCAAAGGGCAAAACUAUUGUUUCCCCAGCAACCUCUUGUUUGGUAUUAGAUUCAUACUGUGAGUCCGAUCCUCAAUUGUAUACAUACUGCAAAAACCGAGAAAUUGAUAACUUAAUUAAAUCUGGUCGGUUGAGCUCUGCCCAGAAACGGUUCGAUGAAAUGCCUAUUCGUGAUGUUGUUACUUACAACUUGCUUAUAUCGGGGCACGGUAAAUAUGGCCACCCGAAACAGGCUAUCUAUCUUUACAAUGAAAUGGUCUCACAUGGAAUCAAAGAAAGUGCGUCCACAUAUUCUUCUGUUAUAAGUAUUUGUAGUAACUUUGGGUUCCUCGAGGAAGGAAUGCAGUUUCAUUGUAGGGUGGUUUCACUCGGAUUUGAAUUGAAUUUAUAUAUUGGCAGUGCACUUAUCAGUCUCUAUAUGCGUAUGGAAUCGGAUGUUAAAGCUUUGAGAUUGUUUGAUGAAUUGCCUAAGAGAAACUUAGCAACAUGGAAUUUGAUGUUACGAGGGUUUUGUGAAGCGAGUCGGUCAGUUGAGUUGUUAAGAUUAUAUGGUGAAAUGAAAUUUUAUGGUGUCAAGCCAAGUGAGCUUAGUUAUUGUUAUGUGAUCCGUGGGCUUAGUAAUAAGAGGUUUCUUAGUGAAGGAAAGCAACUGCAUUGUGAUAUGAUUAAGAAUGGGUGGGUGGAUGCGCGUAUUUUUGUUGCCAAUUCUUUGGUAGAUUUUUAUUCUGCUUGUGGGAGUUUGGCCGAUGCAAGAAAAUCAUUUGAGGCUAUUUCGGUGGAUGACAUUAUUUCAUGGAAUUCAAUUGUUUCAGUUCUUGCUGAUCAUGGUUUAGUAUUUGAUGCUCUUGAAUUGUUUUCUAGGAUGCAAUUUUGGGGGCAGAGACCAUCGAUAUGUUCAUUCAUUGUGUUCUUGAAAUUAGCUAGUGGGACUGGGAAUAUUGAUUUUGGGAAACAGAUUCAUUGUUAUAUUUUGAAAAUGGGUUUUGAUCGUGGGAGCAUCCACACUCAAUCUGCUCUGAUUGAUAUGUAUGGGAAGUGCUAUGACAUUGAGAAUUCAGUGGCUGUCUUUGAGGCUGUUCCUGAGCGAACUUUGGAAUGUUGUAAUUCAUUAAUGACUUCUUUUUUACACUGUGGGAUCAUUGUGGAUGCAAUUGAGCUUUUUGGUUUGAUGGUGGUUGAAGGAAUUGGACUUGAUGAGGUUAGUUUGUCCACAACACUCAAAGCCCUAUCAUUUUCUGCUUGGGCAAACAUGAGUAGCUGUAGAUUGCUGCACUGUUUUGCAAUAAAGACGGGUUUUGAAUCUGAAACUGCUGUGUCAUGUUCUCUAAUAGAUGCAUAUUCAAGAUGCGGUCAAGUUGGACUUUCUCGCCAAAUUUUUGACAAAAAUAUCACACCCAAUGUUUUCUGUUUCACUUCAAUUAUUAAUGGAUAUGCUCGGAAUGGAAUGGGAAGAGAAUGCCUUGGCAUGCUGGAAGCAAUGAUCCACAAGGGGCUGGUUCCUGAUGGAGUGACAUUUUUGUGUGUGCUUUCCGGAUGCAAUCAUUCAGGAAUGGUAAAAGAGGGACGAAUGUUGUUUAACUCAAUGAGUUCUGUUUAUGGCAUCAAACCCGAACGGCAACAUUAUUCAUGCAUGAUAGAUCUGUUGGGCCGUGCAGGUCUUCUGGAUGAAGCUGAAGAGUUGCUGCAGCAAACAACAGGAAAGGGUGAUUGUGUGAUGUGGACUUCUUUGCUGCGUAGUUGUAGGGUUCACGGCAAUGAAACUGUCGGUAGAAGAGUAGCAAAAAACUUGAUGGAUCUUGAGCCGGAAGAUUUUGCAGUUUAUCUACAAGUAUCAAACUUUUAUUCUGAAAUUGGGGAAUUUGAAUUGUCAAUGCAAAUUAGAGAGGUUGCUCUGACAAGAAAAGUGACACAGGACAUCGGUCAUAGUUUAAUCGAAGCAAAUGAUUUCCAUUAGUGCUCCAUACAUACCAUCAAAGAAAUUAAUUGCUAACUCUGUAGGCCAAGACUUGUAUAUGGAGUGCUACCUCAAAAAUUAGCUGGCAAUAUGAACUGACAGGAAAUGGUAUCCACAUUGAUAACAAACACUGAUCGCCUCAUCUUCCAUCUCAAAAGACUGCCUGUUCAAAUAGAAGAAGUUUUAAUCAUUUAAAUGAAGGCCAGGAACAAGCUGAGCCAUGUUUGUGAAGUUUGCUUCUCCUGCACUGGUUGAAGAGUAAAGCAAAGAAAUUAAAAAAAAAAAAAA